AUGCGGAGUGCAUUGAGUGAGAGAAAGACAAUGCCAAUGUCUCAUUUUCGAACACCAUUUUCAUUUCCUCUAUUGCUAAUCAUCUUCAACCUCGUCCCUUCCUACGCACUCUAUGGAGCAUCCUCGCCCGUGCUUCAACUUACUCCCUCCAACUUUAAGUCCAAGGUUCUAAAUUCAAAUGGAGUUGUUCUUGUUGAAUUCUUUGCUCCAUGGUGUGGACACUGUCAGGCUCUGACUCCUGUAUGGGAGAAGGCAGCUACUGUGUUGAAGGGCGUGGUUACUGUGGCAGCACUUGAUGCUGAUGCUCACAAGUCUUUGGCUCAGGAAUAUGGAAUUAGAGGAUUUCCAACUAUAAAAGUGUUUGCUCCUGGAAAGCCCCCGGUUGAUUACCAAGGAGCCAGAGAUGUCAAACCAAUUGCUGAAUUUGCACUUCAACAGGUAAAGGCUCUUCUAAAGGAUAGGUUAAAUGGAAAAGCUACAGGGGGAUCAAAUGAAAAGACAGAAACCAGUUCUUCAGUAGAAUUAAACUCUGGAAACUUUGAUGAAUUGGUCCUCAAAAGCAAAGAACUCUGGAUUGUGGAAUUUUUCGCACCAUGGUGUGGCCAUUGUAAAAAAUUAGCUCCUGAGUGGAAGAAAGCAUCCAAUAAUUUGAAAGGGAAAGUUAAACUGGGCCAUGUUGACUGUGAUGCUGAGAAGUCUCUAAUGAGCAGGUUCAAAGUCCAAGGAUUCCCAACAAUCUUGGUAUUUGGUGCUGAUAAAGAUAGCCCUAUUCCUUAUGAAGGCGCACGAACUGCUGCAGCUAUUGAAUCAUUUGCAUUAGAGCAGCUGGAAACAAAUGUUGCUCCCCCAGAAGUGACAGAGAUACACAGUCCAGAUGUUUUGGAAGAGAAGUGUGGCCCUGCCGCAAUCUGUUUUGUUGCGUUCCUUCCUGACAUUUUGGAUUCCAAGGCUGAGGGGAGAAACAGAUAUCUUCAGCAGUUAUUAUCAGUUGCAGAGAAGUUUAAAAGAAGUCCGUACAGCUAUGUCUGGGUAGCUGCAGGGAAGCAGCCGGAUCUUGAAAAGUAUGUGGGUGUUGGUGGAUAUGGUUAUCCAGCUUUAGUAGCCCUUAACCUUAAGAAAGCUGUUUAUGCUCCUCUCAAGAGUGCUUUUGAACUUGACCAAAUUAUAGAAUUUGUGAAAGAUGCUGGGCGUGGAGGCAAAGGGAAUUUACCCCUGCAAAGCACUCCAACCAUUGUAAAGACAGAACCAUGGGAUGGAAAAGAUGGAGAAAUAAUUGAGGAGGAUGAAUUUUCUCUUGAAGAACUAAUGGGGGAAGAUGCUUCAAGCAAGGAUGAGCUAUGA